AUGUUCCAUGGAUUGCCAAGUGAAGACCCCAUUGACCACCUUGAUGAGUUUGAUAGGCUUUGUGAUUUGACAAAGAUCAAUGGUGUCUCUGAAGAUGCCAUCAAGCUGAGACUCUUUCCUAUGUCUCUAGCUGACAAAGCUCACCAAUGGGAGAAGAGCUUGCCCCAUGGCACAAUCACCACUUGGGAUGAAUGCAAGAAGGCCUUUCUUGCUAAGUUUUUCUCCACCGGUCGCACAGCCAAGCUUAGAGGAGAGAUAUCCAGCUUCAUCCAGCGAAACAAUGAGACAUUCGCAGAGGCUUGGGAGAGGUUCAAAGGCUACACAAGUCAGUGCCCACACCAUGGAUUCAACAAUGAAUCACUACUCUCCACUCUUUAUAGAGGAUGCUUGCCUAGGUAUAGGGAGAUGCUAGACACAGCUAGCAAUGGGAACUUCCUCAACCAGGAUGUAGAUGAUGGCUGGCAACUUGUGGAGAACAUAGCUAACUCAAAUGGAAGCUAUGGAGAAGAGUAUGAUCGCACCAACCGGAGCUCGACCCACCACUCGAUCGAGUCAGACGAAAAGUUGAGAAAAGAUGUUAAGGCAUUGAAUGAGAAGUUGGAUAAGCUGAUCCUAGCUCAGUCCACAAUGAAGAAAGUCAACUUUGUGUCUGCUGAGGAGAUGGAACCAGUCCAAGAAGGGGAGGAUACACAAUUUGCUGAGGUGUGCUACAUGAGCAAUGGGCAAGGAGGUUACAACAAAGGAUACUAUAAUUACAAGUCCAACCCUGCCAUGUCAUACCGCAACACUGAUGUUGCUAACCCUCAGGACCAAGUCUAUCCUCAACAACAAGCAGCUCGAUCGAGUCAAGGUGCCACAACAUGGCAACUACUUCAAGGGCAAGCUGAUGGGGUAGUGGACACAAGCAAGAAGCUAGCUGAAAUAAACUCUAAGAUCGAGAACCUCAACACAAGGGUUUACUCUCUGGAGAAUCAUGCUUCUUCUGUUGCUGCUGCUACAAAGCAAGGACAACUACCUGGUAAAGCUAUUCAGAACCCCAAGGAACAGUGCAAGUCAUCUUCACUCAAGAAGGACUUGUUGAAGAAGAGGAUCAAGAAAGGAAGUGCAGCACCUACUGUGGCCAUUCACACUUCACCAGUUGAGCUCGCACGACAAGCUCGAUCGGCAGCUCGAUCGAGUCCAACUCUAGCUCGAUCGAGUCCGACCUCUUCUGUCCCAAAACCUUUUUGCUUGAUCCUUACCAACCGGUUGCCGCUUCCUCGUCUCGCCUACUUAGUCAAGGUCACAAGGAAGUGA